AUGUCGUCACCAUCUCCAGGGAAGAGACGCAUCGAUACGGAUGUUUUAAAGCUUAUCGAAAGCAAGUACGAAGUUCAUAUACUAAAUGGGAUCAAUGACUUCUGGGUGAAGUUUCACGGCCCGUCCGGCACACCAUAUGAAGGAGGCGUAUGGAAAGUGCAUGUUUUACUACCAGAAAGUUAUCCUUUUAAAUCUCCGUCCAUAGGUUUUAUGAACAGAAUUUAUCACCCUAAUAUUGAUGAAUCGUCAGGAACAGUUUGUUUAGAUGUAAUUAAUCAGGAGUGGACGGCUCUAUACGACCUAUCAAAUAUUUUUGAAACAUUCCUACCACAAUUACUCGCGUAUCCUAAUUCAAGCGAUCCAUUAAAUACUGAAGCUUCUCGAUUACAAAUGCAUAAGCCAGAAGAAUAUUUUAAUAAAGUUAAUGAGCAUGUAAAGAAAUACGCAUCUGAAGAAGCUUUUCGAGGCACAGAUGUACGAUCCUAUAUUAACGCAGACGAAGAAUCAUCUAGUGAGAGCGAGUUAUCUGAUUUAUCAGAAGAAGAUGAGGCACAAGACAUGGAACUAUAG